GCGGGACGGGAGGGCAGCGGCUUGCUGCACCGCAGCCCCUCGCUCGCAGUGUCGCUCGGGGGCAGGGGCCAGGCGGGUGUCCCUCCACCCCUCACGCGGACACUGGCUGCCUGGGUCCGAAGGAGCCUCUCGGCAGCAGAGCAGCCCCCGGCGGAGAAGGAGCAGCAGCGACUGGGGGCAGUUGUCCCCCGCCAUCCCCCCUCAGGAGGCAGAGCCAUGGGCUGCAGCGAGGGGAUGCGGGCUGCCCGCUCCGCGCUCCUGGCGCUGCUGCUCGGACUCUCUGCCCCGCCGUGGCUGCAGGCGGAGAAGCUGGGGGAUGGAUGUGGGCACAUGGUGGUAUAUCAAGACAGUGGCACUCUGGCAUCCAAGAACUAUCCUGGGACUUACCCCAAUUAUACAGUUUGUGAAAAGAAAAUUCAAAUACCUCAGGGAAAACGACUGAUCUUAAAAAUUGGAGACUUGGAUAUUGAAUCCCAAAAAUGUGAAUCUAACUACCUUACCGUCCUUAGCUCUUCAACAAUCCAUGGACCAUACUGUGGCAAUAAGAUGCCUGUUCCUAAAGAAAUUAUCUUGGAUACUAAUGAAGCAACUAUUCGCUUUGAGAGUGGAUCCCAUGUAUCCGGACGGGGCUUUCUGUUAUCCUAUGCCAGUAGUGAUCAUCCAGAUCUAAUCACAUGUUUGGAGAGAGCAAAUCAUCACGUGAAGAACGAAUACAGCAGAUACUGUCCUGCUGGUUGCAGAGACAUAGCAGGUGAUAUUUCCGGCAAUAUAGUGGAAGGAUACAGAGAUACCUCCUUAUUGUGCAAAUCAGCCAUACACGCAGGCGUUAUUGCAGAUGAGCUGGGUGGCCAGAUCAAUGUGAUUCAGCAGAAAGGAAUAAGUCGAUACAAAGGCAUCCUGGCCAAUGGCAUCCUUUCACAGGAUGGCUCACUCUCAGACAAGCGGUUUGUGUUUACCUCAAAUGGCUGCAAUAAAUCCUUGAGUUUGGGAGAUGGAGACAUCUCCAACAGCCAUAUUACAGCAUCAUCCUCUUGGGAAGAGACCAGUGAAAUUGGGGAAAGUGUUCAGUGGUCUCCUGAUAAGGCCUGGCUUCAAGUCCAAGGGACUUCAUGGGCUUCCAACCAUAGCAGCCACCGGGAGUGGUUGGAAGUAGACUUGGGAGAGAAAAAGAGAAUAACAGGGAUUAGGACUACAGGAUCCACUAUGCUGAAGUUUAACUUUUAUGUAAAGACCUUUAUUUUGAACUAUAAAAAUAACAACUCAAAAUGGAGAACUUACAAAGGAAUCCUAAACAAUGAAGAAAAGGUAUUCCAAGGCAACUCUAAUUAUGAGGAUGUAGUCCGUAAUAAUUUUAUCCCUCCUAUAGUGGCCCGAUACGUGCGGAUCAUUCCACAGACCUGGCAUCAAAGAAUAGCAUUGAAAGUGGAGCUGAUUGGUUGUCGAAUAAUGCAAACUAACAACUCAUUUACUUACCCAAUGUGGCAAAGGCCAAGUCAAAGCACAGGUGUAGCUGUUGGAAAAGAAGACAGAACCAUCACAGAACCCAUCCCGUCAGAAGAAACUAGCCUAGGGUUAAAACUUACAGCUAUAGUUGUCCCGGUCUUAGUAGGGCUGUGUCUGUUCCUGCUCUCUGGGAUUUGUAUCUGUGCAGCCAUACGAAGGAGAGAGACAAAAGGAGGUGCUUAUGGUUCAUCUGAUGCAGAGAACCCAGGUUGUUGGAAACAGAUCAAGCAGCCCUUCGUCAGACAUCAGUCAGCGGAAUUUACCAUCACCUAUAAUAAUGAAAAGGAGACUCCACAAAAGCUGGAUCUAGUCACAAGUGACAUGGCAGAUUAUCAGCAGCCUCUCAUGAUCGGAACUGGGAUGGUAACAAGAAAAGGAUCCACAUUCAAACCAAUGGACACAGAGGAUGAGGAGAAGAAAGAUAGUUCAGUGAUCGAGAACCACUAUCACUGCCCGCACAGAGCUAGCCGUCACGAAUAUGCAUUGCCCUUGACCAACCAGGUGCCUGAAUAUGCCACCCCUAUUAUAGAAAGGCAUCUAGGAAGAGAGAACAAUUUUUCCUCUGAGAAUGACUACAAUGUACCUGUAAUUUCUUCUGCUCAUAAGCAUUCCCUUUCUGCUGGAAGUUUCAGUAAUGCGAGUAGGACCGAUGUCAGGAAUGGGGACUAUCAGACACCGCAGAGUCUAAUCAGCUAUGAUAAACCUAAAGUUAACAGUGUUUUGAGCUCAAUGGACUACUGUGCUGACUAUCAGAAGCCACAAACUAAUUCAUUGGUGAAUGAGGGUUAUUCAACACCCAGAGACUGCCUAAAACCAAUAAACCAGACAGCAAUGACAGCACUCUUGUGACUUGCUGAGUUGAGAGAUUUGCUGCUCUAGUGAACAGUGUUACUAUGUAGCUACUGGAAUGAAUGUAUUCUAGUUUAAAAGGAUUCCACUGGGGCAGCUAGAAGACAAACUCAGCCUGUGUACAUAAUAUUGCAGUUCUGUUGUGUUCUGACACUUGAAGACCAGAGUACUCUGAUAAUCACUGACUAUGGCAAGAGAAAAUUAUCAGUGAAGACUCUACGUUCUGUAACUGAUUUGUAAUAUGUGCAAUUUGUACAUAGUUUUUAUUUAAGAAAAAUAACUGAGUUUCCUUUCAUCUGUUUUGUUCUAUGUAUUUAAAUAGUAAGGGAAACAGCUGUUGCAGAAGUUCUUGAACAAAAAAUCUUAUGCUCACAUGAACUUUAUUCUAUCUUCUCUUGUGUUAGCAGUCUUAAACUGUAUUCUCCUAUGGCUGUGGUGGUUCAUGUCCUUUCCCAGGAUAGCUGGAAAUAAGGCAUUUUAAUAGUUUUAUAUUUGAAGAGCAGAAGAAAUAAAACUACUUGAAGCAUAAAUGUGCACAAGAGGGUGGAUGAGCAAUUCAUUGUGAUACUCAAAUCAGACUUAGCAGCUACUCUUUUAGAAGCAGUCUUUACAUGCUUGAAUUUAAUUUGAUAUUAGGAUGCAGGAUGAGUCUGUCCAUGUUGUUGUUUAUUUUAAAGACAAGUGGAAAACAUUGCAGCCAGUCUUGGUUCAAGCAGAGUGUUUUUCAUUGUGGUGAUCACUGUCACAUCAUCUUUUUUGGAAUAUACAAAAUCUACAUCUGUGAAUCUGGCUUUUCAAGAAGUGUCUGUAGAGCUAAAAUGUGAAUUAGGACAAUUUACGGGCAGUGUAAGUUUUAAACUUUUCAUUGAAGUCUUGGAUUAUUUUUCGUUUCAGUUUAGAGUUUUGCCCCUUCUGAAGUAUUUGCAGACCAGGCAGUGCAAAGUAUAUGUGGUUUGCUAUGGCAUUUUCAAUUGUUGGAGAUCACAUCAGCAAAGUUGUUUUCAAAUAGUUUCUUUUUGCUGGGAAGGUCAUCCUGGAUUCUUGUUUGGGCACGAUACUUGCAAUGCAUUGUGCAUUGUGACCAUUCACCCGCCCGGCACCUCCCUGAAAUUAACGGGGCUCCGGGUGGAGGCAGGAGCUCUCCAUUGCUAUUCUCCAUGCAACACUGGGGCCUUGUUUUGUACUCAAAAACUUACUGUAAAAUGUCAAGAAGUCCUACCCUUGUUGGGAGGAAGAACAAUCAUGUAUUGAAGGCACGGAGCUGAGAACCAGCAAGUUGAUCGCAGUUCUGUUAACAGAUGUGUGGCCUUGGGCAAAUCACUUAGCUUCUCAGGAUCUUUAGUUUCCCCAUCCAUAAAAUGGAAAUGAUAUUGACCAGCCUGAACGGGUAGUAGUGAGGCUAAAUUAAUUCUUUGUAAAGCGCUGUGAGAUCCUUGGGUGGAAGAUGCUAUAAAAGUACAAAGUAUUAUUAUUAUUUUAUUUAAGAACAUGCCCUACCUGGUCCUAAAACAAGCUCUUGCUAGUUUUCCUGUGCUUGUUUCACUGUGCAUGUGCUGUGGACUGUAAUGGUGCAAUGACCUUCUGCUGGUGCUGAACUAAAUGGUGGAGAGUGUGUGUUGGUGUCUCUCCUGUGCUGAAAAACCAGUGUAACUAUGUAGCCUUCCCAUGUUGCUGUCAGUGCAAUUUCUGUGAAAUGUAUGAAACACUUCAAGUCCUGAAGUAAAACUGCAGCAGCAGAUUUGCUACACCACAUUGGGUGGUAUUGUUUACUUUUGUUGUUUACAUACAUGUGUAAAUAAAGGACACCAACCUUUGCAACUCUA